UUCGGUAUCGAGUAGUAGCUUCUGGAUGCCUCUAAAUACGCAAACGCCUCAGGGUUUUACGUAUUUAAGCUAGUCGCCAUAGACAUGAACAUGUUAGCGGAUCUCUCUUCAUCCGUUCCGAGGGGACCGUGAACGCAUCGCUCGUUGCAUCAGGCGGAAGACAGGCAGGAGCCGGAGCCCACGUCCUGCUGGGUGGGAAGAACACGCGGAUGGAGAAGCAGCCUCUGCCAGACGACGGCGAUAAGACGGGAGCGCCGGUCCCGGACGGCGGCGCCGCCGGCGGGCCGCCGGCCGCCUCCGAGCCUCCGUCCCGGGCCGGAUGGAACAGCAAGGUGGAAUAUUUUUUAGCGCAGGUGGGAUUCAGCGUCGGCCUGGGAAACGUCUGGAGGUUUCCGUAUCUGUGCCACCAGAACGGAGGAGGAGCCUUCCUGCUGCUCUACGUGCUGCUGAUGCUGGUCGUGGGAAUCCCGUUGUUCUUCCUGGAGCUGGCGGCCGGCCAGGACAUCCGGCAGGGAAGCAUCGGGGUCUGGAAGUACAUCUCUCCCAGGCUGGCGGGAAUCGGUUACUCCAGCUGCGUGGUCUGUUUCUUCGUGGCUCUUUACUACAACGUCAUCCUCGCCUGGAGCCUUUUCUACCUCGGCAACUCCUUCCAGUACCCGUUGCCCUGGCAACAGUGCCCCAAACACGGAAACGUAACGGAGAAGGAAUGCGAGGCGAGUUCCCCGACGUCGUUCUUCUGGUACCGCAGAGCGCUGAACAUCACCGACUCCAUCGACCAGGUGGGGUCCUUCAACCCGUACAUCGUGGGCUGCCUGCUGGCCGCCUGGACCGUCGUCUGCCUGGGGAUGUUCAAGGGUAUCAAGUCCUCCGUCAAGGUCAUGUAUUUCUCCUCCAUCUUCCCCUACGUGGUUCUGGUCUGCUUCCUGAUCCGCGGCCUCAUGCUGGACGGCGCCGCAGAGGGAAUCGCCCACAUGUUCUACCCCAAGCUGUCGAUCUGGGCAGACAUCCAGGUGUGGCGCCAGGCGGCCACGCAGGUGUUCUUCGCUCUGGGCCUGGGCUUCGGCUCCAUCAUCGCCUACUCCUCCUACAACCCCAAGAACAACAACUGCCACCGCGACGCCUUCACCGUCUCCUUCAUCAACUUCCUGACCUCGCUGCUUGCCACGCUGGUGGUGUUCGCCGUGCUCGGCUUCCGCGCCAAGGAAAGGGUCGUGACCUGCGUGAAGAGGAACCUGCAGCAGCUGCGGUGGCAGCAUCAUGCCGGCCUGCUGACCUUUAACCCGCCCCCCUUUAACCUUUCCACCCCGGACUCAGUGGGCUGGCAGGCCUACAGCUCCUGGUUCAACCAACAUGGAGAGACUCUGGCUAAUUUAACCGACUGCGACCUGGAGAAGGAGAUGCAGACGGGCGUGGAGGGGACGGGUCUGGCCUUCAUCGCCUUCACGGAGGCCAUGACGCAGCUGCCCGGCAGCCCCUUCUGGUCGGCGCUCUUCUUCCUCAUGCUGCUCAACCUCGGACUCAGCACCAUGUUCGGAACCAUGGAGGGAAUCCUGGCGCCGCUCCGGGACCGCUUCGCCUCGCUGGCCCGGAACAAGACCAAGCUCACUGUGGCCAGCUGUGCGGCCGGUUUCCUGAUCGGCCUGCUCUUCACGCAGCGCUGCGGGAACUACUUUGUGACCAUGUUUGACGAUUACUCCGCCACGCUGCCGCUCAUCAUCGUCGUCGUGUUCGAGACCUUCAGCGUGUCGUGGCUCUACGGCGCCGACAGGUUCCUGGACGACAUGGAGGCCAUGCUGGGCUGGAGGCCGUCGGUUCUGUACAAGUACCUGUGGAAGUAUGUGUGUCUGCUGGCCAUGCUGGGGCUGCUGGGCGCCACCACCGUCCGCAUGUUGAUGGAGACGCCGACGUACAUGAGCUGGAACCAGGAAACGGCAUCGGAGGUCCGGCUGCCGUAUCCCGGCUGGGCUCUGGCGGUUCUGGCUCUGCUGAUCAUCUUCGCCAUGCUGCCGGUCCCGGUCGGGUUCAUCUACUCGGUUCUGCAGGACCGCAGGCGGCCAAGCAGCAGGGACACGGAGACGGGGCUGUACCGCAUUGUUAACUCUGACGAGACGCCCAUGACGGACAUGACCGACGCAGACUGGACCGACCCGGACCGGACCGACCCGGACCACCGGAACGACCCGGACCACCGGAACGGCUUCAUACCGUCUGAGUCCUAGAGAAAAACACGACGCAGGAUUAGAGCCGGACUAAAAGAUUAUUUUUAAUUACGAUAAUAAAAUAAUAUUAUUACCAGAAGAAAAGUCGUAAAAUUACGAGAAAACUGGUUCUGACAGGAAUUCUUUGCUGAAGUUCAGAUUUUCUGUAGAUUUUGACACAAAAUAUUUUUUUAUGCUUUUUUCCCACAUCAGUUUAAUUAAGGCAGAACAAUAAAUCAAUAACAUAAACAUGAUAAACAUGAUCAGUUCCAACAGAUGAACACAUCUGGCUGAAUAUUCAUCAUGCAGGUUGGUGGGAUAAACCAACUCUCUGGCUUUUCAGUUGCCUAGCAACGACCUGCCGGGUAACGGAGCAGCAGUUUCAAGUUUCCCCUCUUUGCCUCACAACUGGUAAAAAAUUUAAAAACAAAAUGGAGGGAGAACUGGAUGAAACAGGAAGUGACACGCCAUCAGCUUGGCUCUGCUUCAGACAUUUUUUAAAAAUCGGUGUAUCAUCAAUAUCGGCUGAUAUGAAACGAUUAUAUCGUGAUGCGUUUUGAU